UACAAUUGUACAAAGUUCAUUUGGGUUUUCAAUUUUUUAUUAUACCUAUUUUCUAACUUUAUUUUUUUUAGAAUAGUUGUGUUUUCUUUUUAAUGUAUAGUUAUUGGUGAAUGAUGAUUUAUUUUUUACUAUAACAACUAUGAAUUUAUAAAUUUUACAAUGUUUAAGAUAAAUGGAAACCAUUUAGCUUUUAUUGGUGUUACUGGAGCUGGAUUAGCAUUAGUAGCUUAUGUAUUAUUUGGUCCAUCAAAUAAACCAAAAUCUUCAAGAAAAAGUGGUUUUUGUGGAUUACAAAAUUUAGGAUCUACUUGCUAUUUAAAUACUUUAUUACAGUCACUUGCUUCUUGUCCUAUGUUUGUCGAGUGGUUAAAUCAACAACCAAAGUCUUCAACUGUGUCCUACACUUUGAAUAAAACACUUAAAUUUUUAACAGGAGCUAGGUACAAUGAUGAUGGUAUACUUUCUCCAAUAGAAUUAGUAACUAUAUUGACUAAAGUUGGAUUUCAUUUCAAACCAAACCUUCAAGCUGAUGUUCAUGAAUUAUUUAUUCAUUUAUUUUCUGUGAUUGAAGACGAAGCAUACAAAACAAGUUGUAGUUUGGCUGAUUGUUUAGAAACUAAUGGGAAUUUAAUAGAAAAAGGAAGCAUUCAAAAUCCAAUAAAAAUUGUAAAUAAUGUCGGUAUUAAUGUAUACAAUCCAUCUAAAGCUGAAGGAAAUUUAUUAGAAAAUACAGCUGUAAUAUCUAAUAAUAUUCUUAAUAUAUCUGGAAACAUAGUCUUACAAAGUGACAGGAAAUCAUUGGACAAAAAUCAAAAUGUUAAACCAGCUCCAUUUUUGGGUUAUUUAUCAAAUAAUAUAGAAUGUUCAUUAUGUCAUCACAAAUUAUCCUUAAAUUAUGAAAAAUUUUAUGUUAUAUCAUUGAAUUUACCCGAAUAUCCUCAACUGAAAAUUGAAUUAACAGAUAUUUUAGAACAAUAUAUCAAAAAGGAGAAGCUGGAUAAUUUACCAUGUACAAAUUGUGAUAAAAAUAAUACCAAAACUGAUGGCAAAUCAUACAUAAAAAGUGUCAAAUUUGGAAAACUACCUUCAUGCUUAUGUCUACACUUAGUAAGAACUCAAUAUUCUAAAGAUAGACCAUUAAAAAGAAAAGAUUUUGUGGAAUUUCCAGAAUAUUUACACAUGGAUAAAUAUACCAGUGUUUAUGACCAACUAAGCAAACUAAGACAAUCUAGAGAAAGAAGUUCUUCUGAACCUUUAGAAAGGUUAAGAGGAAAUAAGUACACAUACAGAUUAAAAGCUGUCGUUGUCCAUGUUGGUGAGCAUAAUACUGGUCAUUUCAGUACAUACAGGAGAGGAACCAAAACAGAUCAUUCUAGACACAGGUGCAGUGAAACAAGAUGGUUUUUCACUUCUGAUGCACACAUCGAAGAAGUUACAUUACAACAAGUUCUACAAUCAGUUGUUUAUAUGUUGUUUUAUGAAAAAUGUGACACAUAACAAUUAUACUAGUUUAGAAGCAAAUUAAAAAAUUAAAAAUAGUAUAAUUUGUUUUUCAACUGAAGACUGCCUUUAUUAAAUAUCAAGACUUACAAUAGUUGUUUUCUUAUGUACAGUAAUACUGUUUUGUUAUAAUGUGCAUGUGUAUUAGAUUAUAAUUUGUUUAGAAAUUAAAUGGUUGUAUUAUUGUAUAAUAUAAUUCUAUUAAUACCUA